UCGGUGGGCGGGUCGAGGGUGUGUAUCCGCAAUGACAACAGGAAGUGGCUGCGUACUGGUUUAAUCUGUCGCUGUUUUAUACACUAUUCGUCUCAGCUGACAGUUUGAGAGCCGCGCAAGAUUGUAAAGACGCAGAAACUCAUGACUACAGCUUUAAUCGAUACUCGCCGCGAUGAUGGUGCCUGAGGAGGCCUGAGCUCGGUCUCACGCAGCGGUCGUCCUUGCCAGACAUCCAGAGCAGCUCGACACUGGACAUCGCUAUUUAUAGGAGAAGUAGGAAAAUAACCGGAACAUCAAACAUGCCGGGUCUAACAUGAAGGCUGAAGUUCUUCUGUAAUGCUGCUGUAUUCAGCCUGAACCAUGAACUCGGUGUCUCCCAGUGCUGUUCAGUACAUAGUGGGCGGCGGCGCUCAUGAGGACAAGCCCUCAGCGCAGUCCAGACGCCACAACGGCCACGGCGCAGUGCCUGACGGCCUCAGAGAAGGCUCUGGAGAACCCGAUGAAGUGGAUCGCCUGAAAGCCAAGUUCAUGUCCGCAUGGAACAACGUCAAAUAUGGCUGGACCGUUAAAUCUAAAACUACCUUCAACAAGACCUCUCCUUUGAUCUUCCUGGGUCAGUCCUAUCUGUUCAAUAGUGAAGAUGAGGUGGAUCGUUUCCGGCAGGCGUUCGUGUCGUGCGUGUGGCUCACCUACAGGAGGGAGUUUCCUCAGCUGGAGGGAUCCAGCCUGACCACAGACUGCGGCUGGGGCUGCAUGCUGCGCAGUGGACAGAUGCUGCUGGCGCAGGGGUUACUGCAGCACCUCAUGCCUCCAGACUGGAGGUGGGCGGAUGGUCAUCUGCUGACAGACGUUGAUUUUGAGGUGCUAAAGCCCCGCUCGCCCUCCCGUCCGGCUGGCAUGUCUCUUCCAUCCUUCAGUUCUUCCUGGACCAGCCCCAUUUCCCAGAGAGACCCGAGCUCUGGCAGCAGUGAGGGUCAGAGUCGGACCCCGGCCCGAUGUCCUGCAGCCAGCCAUGAGCCUCAUCUGGAGGCUUUGCACCGAAAGGUGGUGUCUUGGUUUGGUGACCAUCCCUCAGCUCCCUUUGGCGUCCACCAGCUGGUAGAGCUGGGAAAGGAGUCGGGGAAGAGAGCGGGGGACUGGUACGGCCCGUCCAUAGUGGCUCAUAUGCUGAGAAAAGCAGUGGCUAGAACCGCUGAGUUUCACAACCUGGCUGUAUACGUGGCACAGGACUGCACGGUGUAUAAAGGAGAUGUCAUGAGGUUGUGUGAGUCGCCGCUAACACAAGAGCUGUCCGAGAGCUGGAAAUCAGUCAUCAUUCUAGUGCCAGUACGGCUGGGAGGAGAGUCGCUAAACCCCUCCUACAUUGAGUGUGUUAAGAACAUUCUCAAGUUAAAAUGCUGUAUAGGAAUUAUUGGAGGAAAACCCAAGCAUUCCCUGUUUUUUAUUGGCUUUCAAGACGAGCAGCUAUUGUAUCUAGACCCACACUACUGUCAGCCAGUGGUGGAUGUCACCCAAGGCAACUACUCUCUGGAGUCUUUUCACUGUAACUCGCCCAGGAAGAUGAACUUUAGUCGUAUGGAUCCCAGCUGCACCAUCGGGUUCUACGCACAGACUAAGAGAGACUUUGAGUCUUUGUGCUCCGCGGUCAGUGAAGCUUUGUCAUCCUCUAAAGAGAAGUAUCCCAUCUUUACAUUUGUAGAGGGCAGGGGACAGAGCUAUGGACUGGAGGGGCAGAGCGGGGGGUCCAUGGACGGUCCUGCAAACAUUUUCUCAUGCAACAGAAUGAGCAGGAACAAUAAGAGAGGAAGCACAGAUGAGUUUGUGCUCCUGUGAGGAGCGUAUCGCAUGUAACACAGACCCCACACCAGUGAUGCUGCACCCAAAUUCAUAAAACUGCUGUUCCUCACAUCUGUGCACUGCAGAAUAUAAAGCAAACCUGGCACCGAGACUCUCAAGAAAACCUGUCCGAGUCAUAUUUCACCCCAAAACCAAAGAAAAACUAAGAAAUUAUGUUUUGCAUAAAGAAAACAUUGCAUAUUUUUAGAAUUAUGUCGUGAUGUUAUUUUAAUGACAGUUCAACAAAUUUUCCUUCAAUUAUCAUUAGCAUAAUGCCAAAAACCUUUUAUUCUCCAUACUGUAAUGUAGAACAGCUAUAUUAUUUGAAUUGUAAUGUGUUUUUGCACAGCCUUUUAAUUGAUCUAAUUUGUAAUUAAAAAGUUGUUUUAGAUUUGAUUACUGCAUUACAGUAUGAGCAUGUUUUUGCAUUACACCAAUGAGAAUUUUGAGAGGAAAUAUGCUUAAUUAUCAAUGUGAAAAUGUAAUAAUUCUAAAAAUAAGGUUAGCUUUCUUAAUGCAUAAUAUAAUUUUGGGGUGGCACCUGCAUUUCUUUGGUAAACUUCUCCAUCAAUGUGACAUUUGUUCAUGAAUGGAUAAGAAGCAUUUUCUAUCGUUACAUUUUUUUCAGAUGAUUCAGCCACAUUAAAGGAAUAGCUUGCCCAAAAAUAAAAAUUUGCCCCAGGCCAUCCGUGAUGUAGAUGAGUUUGUCUCUUCAUUUGAACAGAUUUGGAGAAAUUUAGCAUCGCUUUGUUCACCAGUGGAUCCUCUGCAGUGAAUGGGUGCCGUCAGAAUGAGAGUCCAAACAGCUGAUAAAAACAUCACAAUAAUCCACACCAGUCCAGUUCAUCAAUUAACAUCUUGUGAAGCGAAAAGCUGUGUGUUUAUAAGAAACAAAUCCAUUAUUAAGGUAUUUUAACUAUAGGCUGUUGCUUCUGGCCAAAAUAUGAGCCCAUAAUCCGUCCUUUUUUGCUUCCUCCAGUGAAAAAUUUGCCUCGUCAUGCAGUUUUUCGCUUCAUAAGAUGUUAAUUGAUGAACUGGACUGGUGUGGAUUAUUGUUUUUAUCAACUGUUUGGACUCUCAUUCUGAUGGCACCCAUUCACUGCAGAGGAUACACUGGUGAGCAAGCAAUAUAAAGUUACAUUUCUCCAAAUCUGCUCUGAUGAAGAAACAAACUCAUCUAAAUCUUGGAUGACCUGAGUCAGUUUUCAGCAAAUUUUCAUUUUAAGUAUUUAUUUAAGGUGUAUAUAAACACAUACACACUAACAUUUUGUCUCAUACACUGAACACAUGAUCCUGCUGUUGUGUUGCUGUCUUUAAGAAGAUACAGAGGUGCUCUAAAAAAAAAAAAAAAGGCUGCUCUAUAACAGAGCUGGAGGGAUUGUGGGUAAUUAUGACAAUGAGUAAACCUCCUUGUUGCUGUUUGAUAUGGCUGGUUUUCUCAUUUGUGUAAAUUGUAAAUCUCUCAGCUUGUGUGCUUGAUCUGGGUGUGUUUUUGUUUUAAAUCAUUGUGCUUCAUUUGUCGCCAGUUUACAGCUUUCUCUUAUUUAAUUGUAUAUUUUUAUGAGGAAUCACAGCCGUAGUACCUCCUCGAGCUCCAGAAGUUGUGCAGCAUCGAGUCUGAUGCCGGAAGCUGUCUGAAUAUUUGAUGUCUGAUUUGCUUUUGCUUGUUCAGGUCAACAAAAUUAGCUGUUACUGUUCAAUUUUAUUUAAGCUGUUAAUUUUAUUUUUACAACUUGUAUUUUUGAUCAUCGUUCUGAAGAUGCACUGGAUGAAGCUGAACUGCUGUCACUGUUUGAACAAUCGUUUUUUGAAUAAUUGUAGAGUUUUUAUUGUGUAUCUUUUGUCUUUUACGUUUUGGACUCUUUCCUGGACAUGGGACCAGUGGACUAGAGAUUAUGUGGACUUUUGCUUAUUGUGGACAUUUUAUUUUUUUUUCGGAUUGGAAGAUGGAAAUGAUCAGUUAAAUGUAAGAGACAAGUAAAUUGGUUAUAAUGCCCCAAUUGUCCUCACUGAAUAUAUGACAUUAAAAUAACUAAGUAUUUUUAAAGCAA